AUGGCAGACAGUGGUCAACCUACCGUCGCCAAUGGCACCCGCAAACCCUCUGUCCUGAUAGUGGGAGGCCUUGGAUAUAUUGGGCGCUUCCUGGCAAAGUACAUACAUUCGCGAAAUCUUGCAUCUUCCAUUCGUAUUGUCGAUAAAGUCCUUCCUCAGCUAGCACAUCUUGCUCCAGAAUUCACUGAAGCAUGUUCCUCCGAUAUCUUUAUACAAGCCGAUGCUUCGAGAGAGCUGUCCAUGUCCCGCAUCUUCGAUCAUCCUGACGGCCCCGACGCAAAAUGGGACUACGUCUUUAAUCUUGCCGGUGAAACGGCCUGGUCACAGGCGCCCGAGAUAUACAGACUAAGAUCCUGGCAAGUCAGUGUCACCCUCGCAAAAGAGGCAGCCAAACGUGGGGUGAAAGCCUUUGUCGAGGCCAGCACGGGCAUGGUCUACGCUCCCAAUCGCACCCCCCGCACCGAACAAGACAAAUUGAAGCCAUGGCUGAAACUGGCCAAAGUCAAGCUGGAGGCCGAACAAGAGCUGUCGCGGAUCCCCGGGCUCAAUCUGGUCAUCCUGCGCAUGGCACAUGUCUAUGGAGAGUAUGACUCAAACUUCAUCGCCAAAGCUCUGUGCCUGGCGCGUGUCUACCAAGAACAGCAGAAAGAAUUGAAGUGGUUGUGGACAGAAGACCUGAGGAUCAACACCGUUCACGUGGAAGACGUUGCAAGGGCUCUGUGGGCAGCAGCGCAAUGGAGAUCUACCAACUCGACCAUACCGUCGGUGUCACCCACGAGCAGCAGGAGACCAACAUUGGGUUCCAAAGGCGAAGAGGCGCCGAUAGGCAAUGUGCCUAUAUUCAACAUUGUCGACCAUGGACAAACAAGUCAGGGCAUCCUGGCGGACAUCGUGUCCAAAGUUUUCAACAUCAAGACUGGUUUCCAAGGUUCGCUGAUAUCCCAAUUCGCCAAGAUGAAUCUUGAGCGCGUCGUUGAUGACCUGAACGAAGAUGUUCUUCAACCAUGGGCGGAUAUGCUCGAACAAAAAGCCAUCACCAAGCCGGGUCCGCUUACUCCGUUCCUGGAGAAGGAGUUGCUCAAGGAUACGGACUUGAGCUUGGAUGGUGGUCUUUUUGAAAAAACCGUGGGCUUUCACUAUGAGCGUGGAGAAGGUCUAACGGUAGAGCGUGUCAAAGAAAUGAUUGCCAGUUAUGAAAGGAUGGGAUGGUGGCCGUAA